GUCUCUGGGGCCGCCUUGGCCCCAAACAGUGCAGCCCCAGGCUCACUCCUAGGGCCCGUCCUCCACGUGCACCCACCCCCGGUGCCAUCCUGCCGAGCUGUGGCCCCAGCACCACCCAGACGCCGCUGACUCCCUGACAGCCGUGCGAGUCCCGCCAACUCCCUGGACGGCGGACGUCCGAGAUCACCAUGUGCAGAGCUCCACCCACGGCCUCCCUCCCCUCCACUGGCCGCCUCCACUCUCCCGCCUGCUUCAGUAAGGAAACCGUGCAGGUGCUCGUGAGCUGCCUGCAGGCUCCACCUGCAAAACAUACCGGCAUCCCAGCACUCUGUCCACCGCACUGCCCCAGCCCGGCCCAGGCCCCAGCGUCGCUCGCCCGGACCGCCACGGUAGCUCCCACAACAGCCACCGCUUGUGCCCUCAGCCCCUGCCAUCCGUCCUUCCUGUGGCAGCGAGAGGGAUCCUGUGAAGACCAAGGAGGUCCAAUUCCAUCCCUUCUCUGCCACAGCCGUGGCCAAGUCCUCACCCCGACCUCUGCCCCACCCCCCGUCUUCGCCCCUCACUGCACUCGGUCACCCUGGCCUUGCUGUUCCUCCAUCACGUCCGGACCGCUGUGCCUCCCCCAGGCCUCCCUCCCUCCCCUCCUGCAACUCUUGGCCCUCGUGUCACUUCCAGGGCACCUCACCCAGGCCCUGUUCGGUGCUGUAUACCCGAGUCUCGAUGCCGCGUCCCUGCGCUAUUCCAAUGCCAGCACUCACGCCAUCCCACCGGUUGUAUCUUUCACUCACUCUCCUUGUUUGUUGCCAGUCCCCGCCCCCCAGAAUGUCAGCGCCACGAGGGCAGGUUUCUGUUUCCUUAGCUGUGUCCCCAGUGCUUAGACAGCGCCUGGUUCAUGGCAGGCUUCCAGCAGAUGCUUCUGAACAAAUGAACGGACAAGUCAGUGCAUGCUGUCCUGAGGGACAGGGGCCAGGCUGACCAAGAGUCCAGGUGGGGCCCAAGCAGGGACACGGCCUGGGCGACCUCCACCAGCACAUCAGGGCCUCUGGCUUGCUCAGUGGCUCAAGUAGGGCCCUCUGCCCCAGAACUCCUGGAAGGCCCAGACUCUGGGGUCAGCCCGGCUAAGCCCCUGCCUCUGGCCAGUGUCCAGAGCUGUUCCCCUCCCACACGAUGGCCCAAUGCCCAGGAGCCCAGAGGCGAGGAAGGCCUAGCACUAGCAAGAAAUGUGGCUCCGGACCACGCAGGCCUGGGUUGGAGCCUGGUUCCAGGGUCCCAAGCUGGUUGACCUUGAACAAGUCACUUCUCCUCUCCAAGGCUGUUUCCUCAUCUGGAGAAUGGAGAUGACAGUUCCCACCCCACAGCCCAUCGUGAGACUCUCUUGAGAUAACAGUGGCCAGGCCUCAAUUUGGAAACCAGCUCCAGGAGGAGCAGUGGGGGGCGCGGUGUCGGCAUUUCUGGGCUCAGAAAGCGUGAACCCCCUGCCCCACAGCCCAGAACAAGGCAGGAGAGCAGGCAGCAUCAGAGGGGGUGAUGGGGGAGUGGAUGCUCCCUCGAGACCCCAUCCUGCGGGGGCCCAGGUCCCACGUGUCCCCACCCCCAGAAGCUGCCUGACUGUCGGCCUUACCAGGCCCUGCUGGAACCGAGAAGCCCCCUUCUUGCCCUGCCUUCUCAGCCAGCAGCCUGGUUCUCCCCGAUAAAUUAUUCACGCUCCCAAGGGCCGGCCAGCUCUGGUUACACUGACCGCAGCCCUGGGCACCUGCCAUGCCCACCACCCCUCCUCCCUUGCCCAGGACCUGGAGGGGCCCAGGUUCCCCCCCGUCCAAGGUGACUUGGUGGUCUCUGAACGUCCCACCCUGGCUCAGGAGAUGCAGUGCCGCUUGUGGCCCGGAACAGAUGUGCUGGUGGUUUAGGGCAGGUGGCUGCCCCUCUCUGGGGCCCAGGGACCCAAGCACUCACUCGGUGGGGGAGCCGGCAGAGGCUCAGGGAGGGCUUGACUGGGGUUGAGACACGGCUGUCCUCACGGAGGUUCUAAGGCCAACGCAGUCUUCCCAGCAUGGGCCUGCCAGGCCUCCCCUGCUUCCCAUAAACGACACCCAGGUGCUUUCCAACAGGCUCAAGGGUGAAAUUCUAGGCGGGGCCUGAGGAGAUGAAUUAUGGAUCUGCCCUCCUGAAAGCCUGGUCCCAGCCAGAAGGAGCUUGGCUGUCCCUCCCCCGGCCACCGGGCCAGUCCCAGCUGCUCUGAGCCUGAGGAGGCUGCGUGUCCAGCCGCAGGCAGGAGACUCAGCAGGUCCCUGUGUCCCCAAGGCCCUGAGCUUGUGACACCGGCCGGCCUGGCAGGGAGCAGGUGGCCACCAUGGCGAAGGAAGAAGAGGAUGAGAAGAAAGCCAAGAAAGGGAAGAAGGGGAAGAAGGCACCGGAGCCGGAAAAGCCCAAGCGGAGCCUGAAGGGGACUUCGCGGCUGUUCAUGGGCUUCCGAGACCGCACGCCCAAGAUCUCCAAGAAGGGGCAGUUCCGGAGCGCGUCGGCAUUCUUCUGGGGCCUCCACACCGGACCCCAGAAGACCAAACGCAAGAAGAAGGCGCGCACGGUGCUCAAGUCCACGUCGAAGCUCAUGACGCAGAUGCGCGUGGGCAAGAAGAAGCGCGCCAUGAAGGGCAAGAAGCCGUCCUUCAUGGUGAUCCGCUUCCCUGGCCGGCGCGGCUACGGCCGCCUGCGCCCGCGUGCCCAAUCGCUCAGCAAGGCGUCCACGGCCAUCAACUGGCUCACCAAGAAAUUCCUCAUCAAGAAGGCCGAGGAGUCGGGCAGUGCGCAGGCCACACUGGACGCCUGGAUGGACCGCUCCGGCUCCCGCGUGGGCUCGCGCAAGCUGCCCUUCCCGUCGGGCGCCGAGAUCCUGCAGCCCGGGGGUCGCCUGCGCAGGUUCCCGCGCGCCCACAGCAUCUACGAGUCGGGUGAGCCCGUGGGCUUCCUGCCCUUCGAGGACGAGGCCCCGUUCCGGCACUCAGGCUCCCGCAGGUCGCUGUACGGGCUGGAGGGCUUCCAGGACCUGGGCGAGUACUAUGACUACUACCGCGAGGGUGAUGACUACUACGACCGGCAGUCGCUGUACCAGUAUGAGGAGGAGCCCUACCGGGGCGCCUACAGCCUCCACGGCCCAGCCUGGCCGCCCUAUGACAACCCGCACGGGUACCCGCCCGAGGACCUCUACGACUACUACGGCCCAGACUACUACGGGGGCUCCUUCUACUCCAACUACGGCUACCGCUAUGGCUACGACGACUACGAGCCCCCCUACGCGGCCCCGUCGGGGUUCGCGUCUCCCUAUGGCUACUACGACGCAUACGCGGGCGAGGCGCAACUGCACGGCUACUACCAGGACCCCUACGCCCCUUCCGACGCGCUUUACCCGCCCUACCCGCCCUACGACCUCGCCUACGACCUCCCGUAUGCCGGGCCCUACCCAGAUACCUACGGGGCUCCCUACCCGGAUGCCUACGGGGCGCCCUACCUGGCCGCCUACGCGCCGCCUUACCUGGGCGCCUACGCGCCGCCCUACCUGGAAGCCUACAUGCCACCCUACCUGGAUCCCUACGCGCCGCCCUACAGCGUCCCCUACGGUGCCUCCCAUGGAGUCCCCUACGCCGAAGGCAUCUAUGGUGGCGGGGACCAGGCCAUCUACCCGCCCGAGGGGCCCUAUCUUCCGCCGGAGCAGUCGGCCUUCGCGUACCCGUGGGUGCCGCCGCCCAUCCUGUCACCUCACAACCCGUAUGCCCACCCCAUGGAUGACAUCGCGGAGCUGGAGGAGCCCGAGGAGGCGGGCAGCGAGCAGCAGGGCACGUCCUUCCGCCUGCCCAGCUCCGCCUUCUUCGAGCAGCAGGGCAUGGACAAGCCCGCCAGGUCCAAGUUGUCCCUCAUCCGCCGGUUCCGCCUCUUCCCGCGGCCCCAAGUGAAGCUGUUUGGGAAGGAGAAGUUGGACGUGCCCCUGCCGCCCUCCCUGGACAUCCCUCUGCCCUUGGGAGACGCGGACGAAGACGAAGAAGAGGAUGAGAUGCCGCCGCUGCCCCCGGUGCCCUACGGCCACCCCUUCUGGGGCUUCCUCACGCCGCGGCAGCGCCGCAUCCAGCGCGCCCUCUCGGCCUUCGGCGCCCCCCGGGGCCUGGGCUUCAGCUCUGACUUCAGACGCCCAGCGCCGCGCCCGGCCACCUCGCUGGCGCGGUUCCUCAAAAAGACCUUGUCGGAAAAGGAGCCCAUCCCGCGGCUGAAGAGCAGCCAGAAGGCCCGGGCGCGAGGCCCGGCGGUCAGGGAGGCGGCCUACAAGCGCUUCGGCUACAAGCUGGCCGGCAUGGACCCCGAGCGGCCCAACACGCCCAUCGUGCUGCGGAGGGCGCAGGCGCGCGCACGCAACAACAACAACUCCCACCGUCCGCCGUCCCCGCCGCGCGCCCCCAGCCCCGCCCCCAGCCUGCCGCCCGCCCCGGCCCUCGCCCCCGCCGGCCUGCCCCCGGGCCUUCCCCCGCCGGCUUCGCCCUACGGCUCGCUCCGCCGGCACCCGCCGCCCUGGGCCGCCCCGGCUCACUUGCCCCUCGCAUCCCAGGCCAGCUGGUGGGCCUUGGCCGAGCCCCCGCCCGUGAGCCCCGAGGGGCCCCCUGACCCUCUGGCCUUCCCCGGACCCCGGCUCUCCUUCAGGGGCUCCCGCCGGCGGGACGCGGCCUUCGGCUUCCCCGGGCCCUCGCCCCGGCCCUCGCUGAGGAUCCCGCCCCGCCUGGGGUACCGCUCACCCCUGGGGCCCCGCUCGCCCCUGGGGCCCUUGUCCCCCCAGCCCUCCGUCCGCCGCGGCCCCUUCCGGCCGCCCUUCUCGCCGCCGCCCCGCCGUCCCCGCUCGCUGCGGGAGCCCCUGUCUCCGCGCCGAGCCUCGGGGCGCCCGCGCGCACCCCGGUCGCCGGUGCUGGGCUCCCCGCGGCCGCCCUCGCCGCCCCCUCUGCUGGGCCCCAGCCCACGGAACCGCUCGCUCAACCUGCCCUCGCGCCUCCCGCGCACGUGGCGCAGCCUCAGCGAACCUCCCAUCAGGGCCGUGAAGCCCCGGCCGCGCCAGUCCUACCGCCUGCCGCCCGGCCUUCGGUCUUGGCGGGCGGCUGCCGCUGCCGCUGCCGCUGCCCCUGCCCCUGAGCACCGCGAGAGCCAGCGCGAGCCCGAGGAGUCGGAGACGCUCUGGACAGUGCCCCCGCUGGCCCCCAGCUGGGACGUGGACAUGCCUGACACCCAGCGGCCACCCUCGCCCUGGCCGGGAGGCCCAGGCAGCCUCCGUGGCUUCUCCAGGCAAGCCGCUGUACCCCCAAACCCCUUCCUCCAGCACGUGGGCCCAGGGCUAUCCCCUGCUGCCCAGCCUGAAGAUUCAGCCUCUGACUCAACCGGUAUCCUCCUGGGUACACAUCACGACCCAGGGCCUGGACAGCUGACCAAAUCGGCCAGCCCGAGCCUCCAGAAGCCUGAAGAAGAGGCCUGUCCGGCGGACCCCCAGCCACCAGCAGAGCCUGAACCCCCGACCCUGACACCCCCCAAGGAUUCCCCCUCAGAGCGGAAAGCACUGAGGCCCAGCUUCUCCUACCCGCUGGCCGCCUCUGACCAGAUGAGGGCCACAUGGCCACCAUGGCGCCGCUGGGGGACACUGCCCAGGGCUCCAGCCCCCUUGGCGCCCUCUGGGGCCCCAGGACCCCUGCCCAAGGCGGGUGAAUGGCUCCAGGCAAGCCCUGGGCGUUUUGCUGUGGUCAUGCCUCGUGUGCAGAAGCUGAGCUCUUUCCAGCGAGCUUGUCCUGCUACCCUGCAGCCUCCCAUCCAGGAGCCAGAGCCCCGGCCCAGGCUGAGAACCUGGAGUCUGCUCUGGUCCCGCCUGUGCCUGCCGGCGGAGGCCCAUCAACCCUGCACACGAGUACACGCUCGCCCCCCGUCCUGCCGCCUGGGCCCUGGAGCUGCCUGCCUGCCCAAUGGGGGCCCCGGGGAAAAGGUCGGCCCCAAAGACUGGUGGAACAAGAUGCACUCCAUCCGCAACCUGCCAUCCACACGGCUCCGCGAGCAGCGCCGGGAGGACGGCGUGGAGGACAUGACGCAGCUGGAAGACCUCCAGGAGACCACUGUGCUGGCCAACCUCAAGACCAGAUUUGAACGGAACCUCAUCUACACGUACAUCGGCAGCAUCCUGGUGUCGGUGAACCCGUACCGGAUGUUUGGGAUCUACGGGCUGGAGCAGGUGCAGCAGUACAGAGGGCGGGCCCUGGCCGAGAAUUCCCCGCACCUCUUUGCAAUUGCAAAUCUCGCCUUCGCCAAAAUGCUCGAUGCCAAACAGAACCAGUGCAUAAUCAUCAGCGGAGAGAGCGGCUCUGGAAAAACUGAGGCCACGAAGCUGAUCCUGCGCUACCUGGCGGCCAUGAACCAGAAACGGGGCGUCGCACGGCAGAUAAAGAUCCUGGAGGCCACACCCCUCCUGGAGUCCUUCGGUAACGCCAAAACUGUCAGGAAUGACAACUCCAGCCGCUUUGGGAAGUUUGUGGAGAUCUUUCUGGAAGGGAGCGUGAUUUCUGGUGCCAUAACCUCGCAGUACCUGCUCGAGAAAUCCAGGAUCGUGUUUCAGGCCAAAAACGAGAGGAACUACCACAUCUUCUAUGAGCUGCUGGCUGGGCUGCCCGCCCAGCUCCGGCAGGCCUUCAGCCUGCAGGAGGCCGAGACCUACUACUACCUGAACCAGGGUGGGAACUGUGAGAUCUCAGGGAAGAGCGACGCGGACGACUUCCGCCGGCUGCUGGCCGCCAUGGAGGUGCUGGGCUUCAGCGCCGAGGACCAGGACAGCAUCUUCCGCAUCCUGGCCUCCAUCCUGCACCUGGGCAACGUCUACUUUGAGAAGUAUGAGACAGACGCGCAGGAGGUUGCCUCGGUGGUGAGCGCCCGGGAGAUCCAGGCCGUGGCCGAGCUGCUGCAGGUCUCCCCCGAGGGCCUGCAGAAGGCCAUCACCUUCAAAGUGACCGAGACAAUGCGAGAGAAGAUCUUCACCCCCCUGACCGUGGAGAGUGCCGUGGAUGCCAGGGAUGCCAUCGCCAAGGUCCUGUACGCGCUGCUUUUUAGCUGGCUCAUCGCCAGGGUCAACGCGCUGGUAUCCCCGCAGCAGGACGCGCUGUCCAUCGCCAUCCUGGACAUCUAUGGCUUCGAGGACCUGAGCUUCAACAGCUUCGAGCAGCUGUGCAUCAACUAUGCAAACGAGAGCCUCCAGUACCUCUUCAACAAGAUCGUCUUCCAGGAGGAGCAGGAGGAGUACAUCCGCGAGCAGAUGGACUGGCAGGAGAUCACCUUCGCCGACAAUCAGCCCUGCAUCAGCCUCAUCUCGCUGAAGCCCUAUGGCAUCCUGCGCAUCCUCGACGACCAGUGCUGCUUCCCCCAGGCCACAGACCACACGUUUCUGCAGAAGUGCCACUACCACCACGGCGCCAACCCGCUCUACUCCAGACCCAAGAUGCCGCUGCCCGAGUUCACCAUCAAGCACUACGCGGGCAGAGUCACCUACCAGGUGCACAAGUUCCUGGACAAGAACCACGACCAGGUGCGCCAGGAUGUGCUGGACCUGUUUGUGCGGAGCCGGACACGGGUGGUGGCACACCUCUUCUCCAGCCAUGCCCCGCAGGCUGCCCCUCAGCGCCUGGGCAAGAGCAGCUCCGUCACCCGGCUCUACAAGGCGCACACGGUGGCCGCUAAGUUCCAGCAGUCGCUCCUGGAUCUGGUGGAAAAGAUGGAGAGGUGUAACCCCUUGUUCGUCAGGUGCCUGAAGCCCAACCACAAGAAGGAGCCAGGCCUCUUUGAGCCAGAUGUGGUGAUGGCCCAGCUACGCUAUUCGGGGGUACUGGAGACUGUGCGGAUCCGCAAGGAGGGCUUUCCGGUGCGGCUGCCCUUCCAGGCGUUCAUCGACAGGUACCGCUGUCUAGUGUCCCUCCAGCGCAACCUGCCAGCCAGUGGGGACAUGUGUGUGUCCAUGCUGAGCCGCCUGUGCACGGUCACGCCAAACAUGUACCGCGUCGGCGUCAGCAAGCUGUUCCUGAAGGAGCACCUGCACCAGCUGCUGGAGGGCAUGCGGGAGCACGUCCUGAACCGGGCAGCCCUCACGCUGCAGCGCUGCCUCCGCGGCUUCUUCAUUCAGCGGCGUUUCCGCUCCCUGCGCCGCAAGAUCAUCUUGCUGCAGAGCCGGGCCCGUGGCUACCUGGCCAGGCAGCGGUAUCAGCAGAUGAGGAGGCGUCUGGUGAAGUUCCGGGCCCUGGUGCACACGUGUACAAGCCACCAGCGUCACCUCAAGCCGAGGGCGGAGUGGAGGCUCUGGGUGGCGGAGGAGCUGAGCAAGCGACAGGUGGUGGCUGUGGGGCACCUGGAGGUCCCGGGGGAGCUGGCUGGGCUCUUGCGAGCAGUGGCAGGCCUCAGGCCGGGCCAGAUGCCCCGGGUGGCCCCCGUGCGGACUCCCCGGCUUCAGGCUGAGCCCCGGGUCACGCUGCCCCUGGAUAUCAACAACUACCCCAUGGCCAAGUUUGUCCGGUGCCACUUCAAGGAACCUGCCUUCGGGAUGCUGGCAGCGCCCCUGCGGACGCCCCUCACACGGCUGCCGGCGGAGCAUCAUGCAGAGGCUGUGGGCAUCUUCAAGCUGAUCCUGCGUUUCAUGGGCGACCCCCAGCUGCACGGAGCCCAGGACCACGUCUUCGGGAACUACAUCAUGCAGAAAGGGCUGGCGGUGCCCGAGCUGCGGGAUGAGAUCCUGGCGCAGCUGGCCAACCAGGUGUGGCGGAACCCCAGUGCCCACAACGCUGAGCGGGGCUGGCUCCUGCUGGCCGCCUGCCUCAGCGGCUUCGCGCCUUCCCCGCGCCUCGACAAGUACCUGCUCAAGUUUGUGUCUGACUAUGGGCGGAAUGGCUUCCAGGCUGUGUGUCAACAUCGCCUCAUGCAGGCCAUGGGCCAGGCUCAACAGCAGGGCUCUGGCGCUGCCCGCACCUUCCCUCUGACCCAGCUCGAGUGGAAAGCAACCCAGGAGAAGGCCGGAAUGGCGCUGGACGUGGGCUGCUUCAACGGUGACCAGUUCUCCUGCCCGGUGCACUCCUGGAGUACGGGGGAAGAGGUGGCUGGAGACAUUCUGAGGCACAGGGGGCUGACCGACGGCUGGCGGGGCUGGACGGUGGCUAGGAAGAAGGGGGUCCAGUGGGCAGAGCUGGCCGGCCACGACUACGUGUUGGACCUGGUGUCGGACCUCGAGCUACUCAGGGAGUUCCCGCGACAGAAAGCCUACUUCAUCGUGGGUGCAGAGGGGCCCACGGCUGGCAGGGGAGGUCCCAGGGUGUUUGGAAACAGCUGGGACUCGGACGAGGACGCGCCCGCUAGGCCCCAGCCCCUGGGGCACGUGCCCGUCGUGGCCAACUCCGAUGGGUACUGCAGCCACAAUGAGGACGACUCGGACAGCCUUGGGGAGCCCGCUGUGGCCCACAAAGGACUGGACUGCUACCUGGAUAGCCUCUUCGACCCCGUGCUGUCCUACGGGGAUGCGGACCUGGAGAAGCCAACAGCCAUUGCCUACCGCAUGAAAGGGGGAGGCCAGACUGGUGGAGAUGGCGGUAGCGGCAGCAAAGGCGGCCCCCGGAGACCUCCAGAGCCAAGGCCAAAGCUAAUUCCAGGCCUGGACGCCUCCACGUUGGCCCUGCAGCAGGCCUUCAUCCGCAAGCAGGCUGUGCUGCUGGCCCGGGAGAUGACCCUGCAGGCCAUGGCGCUCCAGCAGCAGCCCCUGAGUCCCAGCCCAAGGCCAUCGCCCCCAGAGAAACCCAUAGCGCCAGAGGCCCGGCCGAAGUUCGUAGGCACCGGACUCCCGGCCAAGCCCGUGCUCUUGCGCUGCGCUCCAAAGCCUGUGGCUCCCGCUCCUCUGGUCAAGGCCCCGAGGCCCCCCACCAAGCCCGUGGCCGUCCCCAUUCUAGCUCAGGACCGGGCGCCUCCAGAAUCCACUUCGCCCAGCCUAGAGCUGGUCCGGUCCUCGACCCUCAACUCGGAGCACUUCCCGCAGCCCACGCAGCAGAUCAAGGACAUCGUCAGGCAACACCAGCAGCCGCCCCGGGGAGGCCGGCCCGAAGCCUUCAGGAAGGACGGCGGGAGGGUGUUCGUGAAGCGGCCGGACCCCCACGAGGAGGCCCUGAUGAUCCUGAGGGCGCAGAUGAGCCAUGCAGCGGCAGCCCCUGGCACCCAGGUCCCCAGAGAGGCCGUAGCCCUGGUGAAGCCAGUGACCAGCACACCAAGGCCAUCCGUGGGGCCCACUCCAGUGCUGGCCUCACGGUCCCUGGAGCCGGCCGAGGACCCCGUGCAGACGCGGUUGCACCGCCUCCUCAGCCCCGAUUUCUACGGCUACCAACAUGCCCCCUGGAAGAUCUUCCUGCGCAAAGAGGUGUUCUACCCCAAGGACAGCUACAGCCACCCUGUGCAGCUGGACCUGCUGUUCCGCCAGAUCCUGCACGACACGUUCUCCGAGGCCUGCCUGCGCAUCUCUGCGGAGGAGAGGCUCCAGAUGAAAGCCCUGUUUGCCCAGAACCAGCUGGACACGCAAAGGCCCUUGGUGACGGAGAGUGUGAAGCGGGCCGUGGUCAGCAUUGCACGCGACAGCUGGGAGGUCUAUUUCUCCCGCCUCUUCCCUGCCACGGGCAGCGUGGGCACCGGCGUGCAGAUCCUAGCUGUGUCCCACACGGGCAUCAAACUCCUGCGCAUGGUCAAGGGCAGCCACGAGGCCGGUGGGCCGCUUCGGGUCCUGCGCACGUACAGCUUUGCAGAUAUCCUGUUUGUGACCAUCCCCUCCCAGAACAUGCUGGAGUUCAACUUGGCCAGCGAGAAGGUCAUUCUCUUCUCAGCCCGAGCUCACCAGGUCAAGACCCUGGUGGACGACUUCAUCCUGGAGCUGAAGAAGGACUCGGACUACGUGGUCGCUGUGAGGAACUUCCUGCCUGAGGACCCAGCGCUGCUGGCCUUCCACAAGGGUGACAUCAUCCACCUGCAGCCCCUGGAGCCACCUCGGAUGGGCUACAGUGCUGGCUGUGUGGUCGGCAAGAAGGUCGUGUACCUGGAGGAGCUGCGGCGUCGAGGUCCUGACUUCGGUUGGCGAUUUGGGACCAUCCAUGGGCGUGUGGGCCGCUUCCCUUCCGAGCUGGUGCAGCCUGCAGCUGCCCCCGACUUUCUGCAGCUGCCUGCAGAGCCGGGCCGGGGCCGCGCUGCCGCCGUGGCCGCUGCCGUGGCCUCCACUGCCGCGGCCCGGGAGGUGGGCCGCAGGAGGGAGGGUCCCCCAGUCAGGGCUGGCUCUGCGGACCGCGGGGAGGACGGCCUGGCUCUCCCACCGUACACGAUGCUCGAGUUUGCCCAGAAGUAUUUCCGAGACCCUCAGAGGAGACCCCAGGACGGCCUCAGGCCGAAAUCCAAGGAGGGUCGGGAAUCCAGAACCUUGGAGGACAUGCUUUGCUUCACCAAGACCCCGCUCCAGGACUCCCUCAUUGAGCUCAGCGACAGCAGCCUCAACAAGAUGGCCACAGACAUGUUUCUAGCUGUGAUGCGGUUCAUGGGGGACGCCUCGCUGAAGGGUCAGAGUGAACUGGACGUGCUUUGCACCCUCCUGAAGCUGUGCAGGGACCAUGAGGUCUUGCGGGACGAGUGUUACUGCCAAGUUGUGAAGCAGAUCACAGACAACACCAGCACCAAGCAGGACAGCUGCCAGCGAGGCUGGAGGCUGCUGUACAUCGUGGCUGCCUACCGCAGCUGCUCCGAAGUCCUCCAGCCACACCUCGUUCGCUUCCUCCAAGACGUGGGCCGGACCCCAGGCCUGCCCUUCCAGGGGAUCGCCAAGGCCUGUGAGCAGAACCUGCAGAGAACGCUGCGCUUCGGUGGCCGUCUGGAGCUCCCCAGCAGCAUGGAGCUUCGGGCCAUGUUGGCCGGCCGCAGUUCCAAGAGGCAGCUCUUUCUUCUCCCCGGAGGCCUCGAGCGCCAUCUGAAGAUCAAAACGUGCACCGUGGCCCUGGACGUGGUGGAGGAGAUCUGUGCUGAGAUGGCUCUGACCCGCCCCGAGGCCUUUGAUGAGUACGUCAUCUUCGUUGUCACCAACCGAGGCCAGCACGUGUGCCCGCUCAGCCGCCGCGCCUACAUCCUGGACGUUGCCUCAGAGAUGGAGCAGGUGGAUGGUGGCUACACGCUGUGGUUCCGGCGCGUGCUCUGGGAUCAGCCGCUCAAGUUCGAGAAUGAGCUCUACGUGACCAUGCACUACAACCAGGUGCUGCCCGACUACCUGAAGGGCCUGUUCAGCAGCAUACCGGCCGGCCAGCCCGGCGAGCAGCAGCUGCAGCAGGUGUCCAAGCUGGCCGCACUGCAGCACCGAGCCAGGGACCACUUCUACCUGCCCAGCACGCGCGAGGCCCAGGAGUACAUCCCGGCCCAGCUCUACCGCACUGUGGCCGCCUCGGCGUGGCCCAGCCUGCUCGGCCAGCACCGGCAGCAGAUGCAGGCGCUCAGCCCCCACCAGGCUCGCGCCCAGUUUCUGGGCCUCCUCAGCGCCUCGCCCAUGUUCGGCUCCUCCUUCUUCUUCGUCCAGAGCUGCAGCAACGGCGCGGUGCCCGCCCCCUGCAUCCUUGCGGUCAACCAGAAUGGCCUUAACUUCCUCAGCACCGAGACCCACGAGCUGAUGGUGAAGUUUUCCCUGAAGGAGAUCCAGUCGACGAGGACCCAGCGGCCCACGGCCAGCUCCAGCUACCCGUACGUGGAGAUCGCACUGGGGGAUGUGGCGACCCAGCGCACCAUGCAGCUGCAGCUGGAGCAGGGCCUGGAGCUGUGUCGCGUGGUGGCCGUGCACGUGGAGAACCUGCUCAGUGCCCGUGAGAAGCGGCUCACGCUGCCCCCCAGCGAGAUCACACUGCUCUGACCCAGCCCCCAGCCCCCAGCUGCCCUGUGCCAGGAGGCUUGCUGUGUGGUCCCAGGGGAGUUACUGGGCCAGAACCUUAGGGGAGACCAAGAGGCAGUAGGUGGCAUGGCGCAAGCCCCCAGGAACCUGAGAAGACUGAUCCAGAGUUGGGAUGGAGUUGCAGUGUGCAAACUUGGGUCAGAUGGCAGGAGGGACUUCCAAAGACUGACUAGUGGGGCCUCCUGCCACCUACCACUGUGGCCCUGCCCCGACUCCCCCUGCGGCAGGGAAGCCCCACACCAGUAGCCUAGACCAACUGAACCUGCGUUUGCUUUCCUUGGGGUCUGAUGUUCAAAUCUGCCCCAUGUCCCUGCCCCGGCCCCUCACAUGUCCCCCCGUCAGGUGCCCCUGCACUGCUGCUGAGCUUGGGUUCCUGACUCUUGGUCAUUUCUGUGCAAAUAAAAGGUACGCCUGGCAGCCUGUUCUCCAUGUGGUUGUUGAGUGACUGGAAAAUGAGUCUGAGGGAGGAGCCAGGAGGUUCAAAAAAUACUGAUUAAUUAUAAUUGCUAUGAAAUCAUUUUAUUCUGCAUUAUCGUGUUUAUAAAAUUACAUUGGUAAUGAAGCAAAGGGGGCAAAAUGUUAAUAAGUAGCCAAUUUGGGUAAAGGUGUGUAGGAAUUUUUUGUUCUGCUUUUGCGACCUCUGUAAGUUUGAAAUUAUGUUA